AUGGCUCCCUCCGCCGUCUACUCUCCCACCGCCCCCUCCGUCUCCAUGCCCGAGAAGCAAUCCCCUGCAGCCCCCACCAGCGGUCCCGUCCUCGCCAUAGGCUCCCCGGCCGCUGCUCAGGACGGUAGUUAUCAGUCUUUGGUUACGUCUUUGGAACAAUCCCGCGAGGUCGAGCGCCAUAUGGUAGACAGGCUUCUUGACGGAGCCACCACCCUCCCCGAGUCUUCCUUCGCCUCCGUUCACAUCACCCUCUCUCCUGCCGAGUACGAAGCCCUUGCACCCCGCAUCCCCGAGCUUCUCAAGCAACUGCUUUCUGGCCUGCAGCCCCUGGGCACCCUCCACCUGCUCAACCUCUCCUCCUCCCUCCCUACCCUGCCGUCCGACCUCACACUCGCGGGCUUCACCGUGCUCAAGGUCAACGAAGACGGCUCCCUCUCCGCCCAAAAGCCCGCGCACUCCGCCGGCACCUCCCUCUCCCUCAAAGCGCCCCUCGCCCUGCGCCGGAAGGCGGACCCGGACCGGCAGGCGUCCAAGAAGGCCCUCUGGACGGUGACCGCGCCUUCAACGCCAUCGAUCGACGCCGAGAGCCUGCUCACCGCCGCGGACCGCGCGCGGCCGGCGGCGUGCGAGCCUGCGGUGCGCGGCGCCCCGCGGCGGAAGAAGGCGUGCAAGAACUGCUCGUGCGGCCUCGCCGAGCUCGAGGCGGAGGAGCUCGCGCGUAGCAACGUCGUCAUGCUCGACGGCGAAGUUGACGGGAAGGCGAUCGAGGUCUCGCAGAGCGAGAAGGCCCGGAUGGUCGCUGCGGCCGAGGCCGCCCCGAAGGCGACGAGCAGCUGCGGGAAUUGCUACCUCGGGGACGCGUUCCGGUGCUCGAGCUGCCCUUACAGAGGGCUACCGGCGUUCAAGCCUGGUGAGAAGGUGGAGAUUGACUUCGGGAUGGAUGACAUUUGA